CCCGACCCGCUAACGGAUAGUGAAAGUGAAAGAUGGCGGCUUUGGCAAUGGCGAUGGGGAUGGGGAUGGCGGUCAUCCCCCGGGUGGCCCAGCCGCCGGCUGGCGCGCGGUGCGUCUCCGUCCGCGCGGCUGCGCCUCCGCGGCAGCAGCGCUCGUCCCGGCCGCCACCAAGGAACCGCGGCCCUCCACCGCAGAACCGCCGGCGCGGGCCGCCGCCCAGGCUCCGCGACGACGACGGCGACGACCAGGGUCCGCCCGGUAGGCGUGGCUCUCCUGGCGCGCCCAGCCGCCACCACCAGGGCCGCGGGCCGCCGAGGGGCUCAGCCGGCCGGCCGCCGCCCAGGGGGCAAUCCGGCCGCGCGCCGCCGACAGACAUGGCCCGCUCGCCCGUCGUCGCUCUGCGGCGGGAGGAGGAGGAGUUCGACGACGAGGCGGGGUACAGGGAAUACGACGAGGAGGAUGAGGAGGAGGGGGAGGGGAGGUUCGCUGGGGGGACACGGUCCGGCGGCGCCAUGCCCAAGCCGCCCGCCGGCUUCGUCCUCGACGACCAGGGCCGGUGCAUCGCCGCCGCCUCCAAGCGCAUCGUCACCAUCAUUGAUGACGCGAACAAUCGUCCAUUGGAGUGCAUAAUCAGGAGAGUUUUCAGCAGCACCCAGGAUCAUGAAUGCUUGCUUCUCUGCCCGGUCGACAUGCCUGUGCAGGUGCUCAAGAGCACAAACUUCAGCGGCUGGAUCGCUGUUGACGAUGACCAGAUUAAGCAGAUCAUUCCAUCGGUUGCGUACGCCCUCGCUAGAGUGCAUAUGCACUUUGUAGAAAGCGGAUUCUGCUACACAGCACGGGGUGGCUUCUGCUUUCCUGAAGAUGCCAUCCAAGAAUUCCACGAUUCUAGUGGCGGUAGCGGGGAGGCACCUUUUGAAGGUGUAGAGAUUUGCAACUUCAACUUGGACGGUGCACACUAUAUGAUCUAUACACCAGUCGAUCCGCUUCUAUUCGUCGCAGUCAAGGACAAGGAUGGUGUGCUACGCAUUGCUGAAGAUGAUCUGAUGGACGACCCCAGCAUCGUGAGCGCCAUAGAUGAAGAGACGGAGUUCACGGCAUUGGUGGAGGAGGAGGAGGCCCUUCUCGAAUCAAUACUGCACGGCGACGAUGAUGUUAGCUGAUGCUUACUUGCAUGAUGAGAACGUGAGGAUACGUAGAUUGUAUGUUUGUGAGAACGAUUCUCUUUGGAGAAUGUGUUGUUAGAUCUCGCGUAGAGAGUACGCAUUUUGCAGGUAGGGAUGAUACACAUAUCGUUGGUGUUGUUGUAUGUGUUUGUAAAGCGAGUGUGGGUUAAGAAGAAGCUGCAGGUCUUCAAUUUGGAGGAUGUAAUGGUAGAUAGUUUUGUUUGCUUGUUAUGGCAGUGGCCCAUGGUGAAACAAAACAGACAUCAUUUGUCUAUGAGUUGGAGACAUCGAUGAAUGAGUGGAUUUAGUAGUA